UUUGUAUAGUUUAUAUUGUAUUGUAAUAUACGUUAUGUUAAAUAUUUGGUUCUUUGAAUGGAAUUGGUAUAUAUAAUUCAUCAACAAUUACAAUUUAUAUUAAUUAUAUGUUGUAUAACAUUGAAUGAUACACGGAUUAUACGUUUUCAUAUUCAUGAAGAAUUAAAAAUUAAUACCUUUAUUGGAAAUUUAUUGAAUCAUGUAAAUGGUAGUUUAAAUAAUUUACGUUUUGUUAAACUAUCUAAUCAUGAUGAUUCUUCUAAAUUAUUUCAUGUUGAUGAAUAUACUGGUGAUAUAAGUAAUCUAUAUAGAUUAGAUAGAGAAAAAUUAUGUUUUAUAAAUAAUCAAUUAAAUAAAGAACAAAAAUUCUAUGAACAAUCAAUGAAACAAUCAAUAAUCAAUUAUCCGAUAUUAACUAAAUGUGAAUUAUAUUUUAGUGUGAAUUGUUUAAAUACAACACCAUUAUUAAAUAUAUCAAAUCAUAUAAAAUAUAAACCGCCUGUUAGUAAUAAAUUAAUAACUAUAUUUGAUGUCAUUAUUGAAUUGAAAGAUAUCAAUGAUAAUGGUUGUCAAUUUAUUCCAUCCAAUCAACAAAUCAUUAAAAUCCGUGAAGAUUCAUUAAUUAAUGAUACACGUUUUACAUGA